ACACUAUUGGAGCUUAUUAUUAUUGUUGCUCUCACUUUUAUCCAAGACCUUACCGACUACCCUCAAGCCUCAUCGACGCUCUACCACAACGAAUCGACAUCGCCGCGGACCUGUCACUCUCCGAGGAACAACCAGGAGCUCCGUCACAAAAAUCAAAAAAUGACGGUGCAUCGCACUGCACCACACCUGGACCCGCGCAAUGCGCCCCGGAGCAUCGGCGCUCACCGCUUGUGGUGUGCGCUAGCUCCGACACUGAAUGGGAACCGCGGUCGCCGGCUCGAUCCCGAGAAUUUGGCCGCCACAGUACUGGGCGCACUGUUCGUCGCCGCGGGUUUUAGAGCCCCUCGCCCCGCGCAGCCCCCCCCUGCCCAACGAGACAACACACAAGUGGAGACCAAGAACACCGCCAAGCGUCCCGCACCCGGCCCUGCAGAGCCCACCCGGCCCCGGACCAAGGUCGCCCGCCAAGCCCAGGAACCACAUCCAGACCCAGGAGCCCCUUCGAGGAGUGAACAAGCGGUCCCAGAAGAGAAUUUGGCCGCCACAGUACUGGGCGCACUGUUCGUCGCCGCGGGUUUUAGAGCCCCUCGCCCCGCGCAGCCCCCCCCUGCCCAACGAGACAACACACAAGUGGAGACCAAGAACACCGCCAAGCGUCCCGCACCCGGCCCUGCAGAGCCCACCCGGCCCCGGACCAAGGUCGCCCGCCAAGCCCAGGAACCACAUCCAGACCCAGGAGCCCCUUCGAGGAAUGAACAAGCGGUCCCAGAAGGAAUAAGGGCACGCGCGCAGACACUGCUUGGCCAGGUGCCCUUGGACGCUAACCCCAUGAUCGGCGAUCUAGCUCUGGCGUUGGCAAGCCAGGCGCACAAGGCGCGAGCUAGCAGCACAGUCGCCCAGUACAAGGAGCCAUGGCAGGAGUUCCUAGAUUGGGCAGAGCUACUACACAUUCGGGCGAGCGACAUUUACGACAUCAGGCCAGAGAUAGUGGCCAUGUACCUGAUGCACGUCUACCAAACCGCGCAAGCGGAUGAAGUAGGUCCGGGUCGCGUCGCGGGAGCGAGCGCUGCUAUUGCCUGCCAUUUCUUUCUCGCGGGCCGCCCCUCACCUACGGAGCACCCAGCAUGCAACCUCGUUCGGGACCUGGGCAGGUGCACACUGCAAGGGAAGAAGCUGCACAGGGAAAGCAUGCAACCAGAGCAUGUCCGCAUGUUGGCCGCUCACUUCGCUGGGCCGGAUGCCUCACUGCCAGACCUGAUGAUGGUAGCGGCCAUAUCGGUUAUGUUCGCGGGUUUCCUAAGGUUCAACGACCUAGCCCACAUCUCCGUCAAGUCUGAUCUGCUCACCCUGCACGACACUCACAUGGCCAUCACACUGCCUAGGUCCAAAACGGACCAGGAGGGCAAAGGGCAGACCAUCCGGAUCGCGCGCGUGGGGGGCGUGGCCUGCCCAGUGGGCUUGACAGAGAGGCUGCUGGCGCUUGGAAUAAGGGCACGCGCGCAGACACUGCUUGGCCAGGUGCCCUUGGACGCUAACCCCAUGAUCGGCGAUCUAGCUCUGGCGUUGGCAAGCCAGGCGCACAAGGCGCGAGCUAGCAGCACAGUCGCCCAGUACAAAGAGCCAUGGCAGGAGUUCCUAGAUUGNGCAGAGCUACUACACAUUCGGGCGAGCGACAUUUACGACAUCAGGCCAGAGAUAGUGGCCAUGCUACACUCCCCGUCACGAGAGAAGACAUCAGACGACCCCCUGUCCAAGUGA